GAGGAGCAAGAAGAGGGGUCCACAUGGUCCACAUGGUCCAACCACUGGCGUGAAAGUUGACUUCUUCAGAAAACAAGAGAACAGGUGCCAGUGAUGAUGGUGGAAUCGGCCUCUGAGACCAUUCGAACGACACCGUCCAACCAGAACGGAGUCAGCAGCCUCAGCAGCCAAUCAGAUGGAGGAGGCGGUAGAGAGGGCGGGUCUAACGGAGACACCAACGGAGAGAUCAGCCCAGUCGACUUACUGCACCUGCAGCAGCAGCAGGCGCUCCAGGCAGCCAGACAGUUCCUCCUCCAGCAGGCCUCUGGACUCAACUCCCCUGGCAGUAACGAGGUCAAACAGAGCCCUGUGCAGGUGCCUGUGUCCAUGGCAAUGAUGAGUCCACAGAUGAUCACUCCUCAGCAGAUGCAACAGAUCCUGUCUCCCCCUCAGCUUCAGGCCCUGCUGCAGCAACAGCAGGCUCUAAUGCUACAGCAGUUACAGGAGUACUACAAGAAGCAGCAGGAGCAGUUGCAUCUCCAGCUUCUGAUGGGCAGACCCCCCCCCCACACCUCGCCCCACAAACUCUUCGCCGACAGCGGUCAACCAACUCGACCGUGA